CCAGGAGGAGAGAGAGAGAGACCAAGCCACUGGAGAGGCCAGACACUGGAGAGGCGAUAUGGCAGGAACCAGUCUUGGGGCCCGCUUGUACCGGCAGAUCAAAAAGCAUCCAGCGCUCAUCCCGAUGAUCAGCUUCAUUGGCUUGGGCAUGGGCAGCGCUGCACUCUACUUGCUACGACUGGCCCUGCGCAGCCCCGAUGUCUGCUGGGACCGAAAGAACAACCCGGAGCCCUGGAACCGCCUGAGCCCCACUGACCAAUACAAGUUCCUUGCAGUCUCCACGGACUAUAAGAAGCUGAAGAAGGACAGACCAGACUUCUAAGCCAGGCUGGGCUGCAAGUUCCAUGUAAACCACGGCCAACCUACCAGCCCACUCAUUUCUUCCGCUCCUCCCCUCAAACCCCAAGGCGUCAGUCUGGCCACCCUGUCCAGCUCCUGCUUACCCAGGCCUGGUUCCCACGCAGAGGGGAGACAGCUCCACCCCCACCCUCCCUUGCUCCCAGCAGCGGAAGCACCCCUGACUCUUGGCUGGAGUCCCACGUGGAGGAGGAGGAGUCAGGAGGGAAGAUAGCAGCAGGGGUCAACCCAAAAGGUCCAAGACAGCCCCUCUGCCCUCCUACCCAGGCCUCACAGGGUGUGGCACAGACUACGUGCUGAGCGUGGCUAACGUGAGCCAGCAGGAAGCAGAGGCCUCUGAGUGCCAAAAGACGUGGCGGGCCCCAUGUUAGCCUGGGCUUUGGGCGCCAGCCCAGGGGCGGCACUGCUCAAAUCAGGCUGUCUCAGGCCGCCCAGCCUGCCCAAGAUGGGACACUUUGCUUCCAGAGAAGCAGCUUGCUCCUCCCCUGCCCUAGGCUGCUGCCUCCCUUUGCCUCACAUCUGGGCCUCCCCCUGCCGCUCCCCACCCCUCCCCUCCCUUGCUCCCCUUUGUCCCCUGGGAUCAAACAGAAGCAGCCGUGGGCAAAAUACAAUUUCAUUUAACAAAUUGAA